AUGGGUGACAAAGACAAGGAAUUUCGAUGUGGCUGGGAUGGCGACAUCAGUACCUUCCCAGACUAUGUGCGCCGGGUGAGGUUGAUCUUCGAAAAGACGAGACGGAGGCGCCGCAAACACCUUGGCCCCGAUCUCGUGGCCCAAUUGACAGGCCGUGCAUGGGUCAUUACCCAGGAGAUCGACCACAUCAAGCUGACUCAGCCUGAUGGUGCUCGGUACCUCGUGGACUUCUUGGAGGAGAAGCUCGCCCGAGUACCAGUACCUGACGCAGGUGUUCGUGCAGAAGAACUUUUAGUUCGUCUUCGCCGACCACCUGGGAUGACGAUGGCUACCUGGUGCGCAACUGUCAGGGAGUCCUACAGGAAGUUGCAAAGGGCUCUCAAGAGGGCGAGGCCGGCAUCACAAGCGCCGACUAGCCCAGGCCGUGAGAGCUCAAUGGUUCCUUCGCCCUCCACUUUGCGAAGGGAUGGGCAAACUCUUGGGACCCCGACACCUGGCUCUUCAGCGACUUCACCUUCGAGGCGAUCCCGCAGAGCUUCAGCUGGCACAGUGCCAGAACCAGAGCAGAUGCCGACUCCAGAACGUCAGGCACAAGCUGCUUCAGCAGAACCUCAUGGAGAUGGAGCAGAAGAUGAAGAAGAAGUUGAAGAGUUUGGAGAAGACCCCAUCACCGGGGAAACGUCCUUCCAACGUGGCGUUGCGAAGGGCAUGGGAAAAAGGUUUGAAUCGCCCUCCAAGUCGCGCUCUGGAAAGCGCAAAGCCGCAGAAGACUCCAGUUCGUCUUCUGAUGGUGGCACUGCUUGGCAUAUGAAGCAGUGGUCUGAGAUGGACUCCGGCCUUCCAGAAGUUCUUCCUACAGAACUGCUGGGUUGGUUGAUGUUGAGGCGCUGCAACCUCACAGCUCAACAAAGGCUCAACAUCUUGAGCACCACCGGCAACUCGCUGAAGGCGGAGGACAUCGAGAAUGCGCUGAGAGGUGCCGAAGAUGAACUACGAGUUCAAGAAGAUGCCAAAGGAAAGGGCAAGGGUGGCAGAUCCAUCAACCGCCCAAACUUUUGGAUCGAAGAAGGUGGAGAAUGGGGAUUGCUAGCUGCAGAUGAAGCUGAAUUCCUGGAAGGAAGUCUGGAUGAUGUCCACUGGGUCGGCAAAGACAUUGCCACCAUCUAUGGGGCUACAUCGACUUCACCGCCUUCGACGACCUCAAGCCAUCCUAUGCCUGCUGAGCCCAAAUGGACUUCAGUUUCAAAUGGGUACUGGUUCCAAGAUGAGUGGGGCCAAUUCACCUUCUGGUCACAGCAUCAAGAUGGCGAGUACUACACCAUGGACGACGACGGCGUCUACUGGACAUGGCCUGAGUUCAUGGAGGAGGCUGCAUGGUGGAGUGCCUCGCCGGAGCAGCAGAAGGAGAUCAAUGACGCCUUCGCUGCCUACGACCAGAAGAUCCGCUCUUUCAUGGAAUCCCGUGAGCUGCUGCGCAACAAGGGCGCCAGCAGAGGAUACUACAAAGGUGGCAAGCCUUUUGGAAAAGGCAAAGGCAAAGGCUUGGGAAAAGGGAAGUCCAAGCCAUCUUCAUCGGCUGGACAGACGUUCUUCCAGAACCAGCCGAGUGAUGUGCUUGCAUCUGUUGGCCAGCCUGGCUACACUGGAUGCUUUGUGUGCGGAAGCAAGUCUCAUGACUUCCGCUCUUGCCCUCAGCGCGGUGGAAAAGGGAAACCUUCGACCGCCAAGGGUGGAAUCUACAUGGUGACCGAUGUGGAGGAGACAGCAGCUGUGGCUAUGCCGUCUUCUUCGACCAGGCCUUCAUCGAUCGAAGAUGCCUGGGCUGCUCAUGUGGCGAAUCCAGAUCUCCGUGGACACGCCGUUUUGGACACUGGCGCAACGGAGACAGUGACUUCGCUGGCUGCAUUGGAAGCCAUUCACAGGUUAGGUGCGAUCUUAGACACCAAGCAAGGUUUCUUGGUGAUGAAGACGGUCGACCCGACCCUGGUAGAAAAAGCGUUCAAUGUCGUGAGCUUUGAUGGAGUUUGGAAUGAUUUUGAGAAGGUGAAAGGUAAUGAGAUCGCUGCGACACCGAAAGUGGCUGCGAAACCGGCUGCAAAGCCGAAAACCAAGGUGAGCUGGGACACCAAGUACGAUGCCUCUCGCACCACGGGACCAGAUGUGAGGGACCCCCGCUGCCAAGGAGCUCCGUGCUACGGCAGCCAUGUGACGGCCAAACCCGGCCGCGGGUCACCAUCGGGCAGCAAUGCCCACGGCUCGUGGGAGGCAUGCGAGAAGUGCCUACUGAGGCUGUCAUACACUCCGGCCUUCGGAGCCCAUGCGCUCCAUCGCAAAGCAGGACCAUUACCUUCGGACACAGCCAACAUGGUGUCCAAGGUGGGUCCCAACAAUGCUGGCUACAACGACAAGAUGAAGGACCGCAGCAUUGCCUUGGAUGCAGCGGAAGUGUUAGCAGAGAAGAAGCUGGAGAUGGUGCGUGCCCAGAAAGCCGCUUGGAUGAAACAGCAGAAAGAAGGAAGCCCAAUGACCAAUUCGACAGGAGAUGGGAACAACACCUGGAAGAAAAGCUCGGAGACCAGAGGCGACAGCCGAACAACUGGAGUACGACGGCCGCUCCACACAGUCUUGGAGCGAGGUGGCUGGAACGCCGCCGACAUCGACUCCCUGAAUGAGCUCAACUAUGAGGCAAAGGUUGACCCGAAGUUCCACGUUCAGGACUUUGACAACAAGGCGUUCUUCAAGAAGGACGACAUGGAUGACUAUGACUUCAACAUGGAUGUUGAAGAAGCGUGGAUGACCAACGCAACCUUUGACCAGAUGGAGCCCUGUGAGAAGAAGAUGUUGAACGAGGCCCUGCACUGCCACUAUGAAGAUUUGGAGGAGUGCUUUGUCAACUUGAUAGCUCAUAGCGAUCAACAUCGUCAACUUGACCUUAUGGAGCUUUGCUGUGAAAAGGACAGCCUGCUGUCCACCUACAUGGAGAAAGGUGGAGGCACAGCUUUCAGAGCUGGUCUUUUUGGAACGCAGCUGGCCAUUGCAGCUGUGAGACGCUUGAAGCCGAAGCUUCUUUGGGCCAGUUUUCCAUGUGGGCCGACCUCUCCGAUACAGGCUUUGAAUGAGCUGACGGAAGAGGGGAAACGCAAAAGCCGUGAACGAGUUCGCCGCUCACGGAAGCUUGUGAGAAAUGGGAUCAGAGUUUUGGAAGCUCAGGUUCUUGAAGGAGGACAAAUCGUCCAAGAAUGGCCCAGGUUCAACAAAGCUUGGAAGUUUCCCGAGAUCUUAGAGUUUUGGCAAGCUCUUGGAGUUCGUGAACCUUGGGAAGACGUUUUGUUGGAUGGUUGCUGCUAUGGUCUUCAAGUGCCUGAAGGUUUUCUCAAAAAGCCUUGGUGCCUACGUUGCUCAAAGGUGGGUGUCUUCACCUCGAUGGCAAGACAAUGCCCUGGAGGACAUCAACAUGUACCUACAAUGGGUGGCAAUCGCACCAAGCACUCUGCCCUCUAUACUCCACGGCUAUGCCAAACAGUAUGCCAUGCUUAUCUUCAAGAUCAAAGAGCUGGCGCUGCAUUUGGAGCUUUGGAGAUGGAAGUGGACCGUGAAGGUGCUGAUGGCCGAACUUUGGCCGUUGCGGAAAAGCUCAACUGCAUGGAAUGUUUGGAAGGUCAAAUGACCAAGCCUUCCACCAAAGUGGCAUUGGAGAAAGAAGAAGUGAUUUGGAGGACUUUGCAAAUGGACACCUUCUACUUCAAGUACGGCGACCAAGUCCACCACUUCCUCCUUAUGCUGGAUGAAGCCUCAGGUUUUUCGGUGGUGAAACAGUUCUCAGUUCACAGUGACGAGGACCACCAGAACAUCACCACUGCCGAGACCCUGGAGAUCCUUCAACAGUGCUGGUUUCAGUACUUUGGCAUGCCUCACAGGAUCAGAUGCGAUCUUGAAGGCGCUUUCAGAGGUGAUCUUUUAGAGAUCUUUUGCAAGGAACGCGGAAUAGAACUCACACUAUGUCCUGCAGAACAUCAUGAAUCAAUUGGAGAAGUUGAACGUAGUGUGGGUGAGCUGAAGAAGAAGAUGACCGCUUACUUGCGGAAUGAGGCCGACUCGUCUCCCUCUGAAGCCGCUGCUGAAAUGUGUGGUGCUCACAAUCGCAUUGCACGGAUUGGAGGCUAUGCUCCCAACCAAUGGGCUUUUGGCCGUGAUGUGGAUGAAAGAGAUAACUUGGCUCUUGCAAGUGCUCAGAGCGAUCCCUCAUCUGAGAUGCAUCGCAGUCUUCAACGACGACUACGAGCUGAAGGUCGCUAUCGUGAACUUCAAGCACAAGCCAAGAUUUCUCGAGCCCUCAAUGCAAAGGUCCAGAAAUCCACACAGUUCAUCCCUGGUGACCUGGUCUACUACAAAAGGUUCAAGACCCCAGCAGAUACCCCUGCUCAUGCCUUGCUUGACACGCCUUCUAUGAAAGUGUCAAGGUGGUUUGGACCUGGACGUGUUUUGGCGUCCGAGACCAGAGUUUUGGAUGAAGGAGCGACACGUGCUCCAUCAAAUGUGGUUUGGAUUAUUUCUCAAGGGCGUCUCAAGAAGACCCACUCAAGCCAAUUGCGCCAUGCCAGUGAGCGUGAAAAGCUUAUCGCUGAAGCCACAGAGGCACCAACAUUGCCCUGGACAUUUACUUCCCUGGGACGAACCUUGCAGAAAGGUGAAUAUGAGGACUUGACCAAAGAGCCGCCUCGACGAGGACGACCUCCUGGCUCUCUCAACAAACCAAAGGUCACAAUCUUCAAGCCCAAGCGAGAUGCAACCUCUUCUGCUUCAGCUUCCAGACCUGCAGAUUCACCUGAACCCACUCAGCCUGACAUGGUGGACUCUGAUGAAGAGUUGAUCCCCGCUGAUGAUGAACUACCUCCUGAAGAUCAACGAGAUUCAGAACAAGAUCAACCUUCUGCAGAAGUUCCAGGUGAAGAAAGGCCAGAAGACCUUGAUGUGGAUCGUCUUUUGGAAGAUCCUCGCUACAUGCCUAUGAGAACAAUUGCAGAUGAAGAGCUGAAGAGAAGGAGGACUGAGUUUGCAAACCUCCGGAGAUCUCAUGAGAUGGCUGACCGCCCUUUUCAUGUGAUGAAACAACUUGGAGAUCCCGCUGCUGGACCACCUGCUUCCAAUUUUUGGGUAAUGGACGACUCCGAGAAUGACAUCUUUGGUGUCAUCAUCGACAUGCCCAAGGAUGAGACGGAGUGGAAAAAGGUCCUGAAGAACCCUGCCAAAUUUGCAGCAAAGUCAGUAUCGAAAGGUGCUGAAGUUGCCUGGCACAAACUCAAUGCUACGCAACGUGCUGCGAUGGCUGAGGCAAAGCAGUUGGAAGUUUCCCAAUGGGUGCAGCAGAAAGUUUGCGAGCGUUUCAAAGGGGUUAUUCCACCGAGUCGUUUGAUGAGAACUCGAUGGGUUUUGGUUUUCAAGUCGGUUGAUGAUGAUGAGACAAAGGUGAAGUGCAAAGCACGAAUUGUGCUGCUGGGUUUCACUGACCCUGACCUUGGCAACCUGGAGACCGCCGCCCCAACCUUGAGCCGGCGAUCCCGCCAACUGUGCCUUUCCCUGUCGACUGUGAGACGCUGGAAGACCUACAAAGCUGAUGCCAAAUCUGCGUUUCUACAAGGUCGUCAGACCCAAAAGCACAGGGACAUCUUCAUCACUCCAGUGGCCGAAUUGGCCCAAUCAAUGGGCAUUCCUCCCGGUGAAGGAGCUCGCAUGUUGAAGGCCGCAUAUGGUUUGGUCUCUGCCCCUCGUGAAUGGUUUGGCGAGGUGGAUGAAGUGGCCGCCAAUAAAUGUGCCAUGAAGAGGCUCAAGACAGACCCUUGCAUCUGGAUCAAACAGGAUGCCCGGUCUGGAAGGACCAUUGGCUACUUUGCCAGCCACGUUGAUGACUUCUUGGUGGCCGGCGAGUGGGAGAAUCCAGAAUGGAUCAAGACUGUGGAGCUCUUCAAGCAGGCCUUUGUGUGGAGCCCCUGGGAAGAGCAAUCUUUUGCUCAUUGUGGUGUUGCUCUGGAGCAAAACGCAGAUUACAGUUUCACGUUUAACCACAGCAACUACGUGGAGCAGAUCAACCAGAUCACCAUCAAUGACAAGGUGGACCACAUUUCCCCAGAGGAGAUGACCCAAGCUCGCGCCGUGUUGGGCGCCAUACAAUGGAGAGCAAUUCAAACUGGGCCCCAGCACUCGGCAAAACUUUCUUGGUUGCAGUCCGCAUUGCCCCGAGGCUCUAAGGACAUUUUGCACCAGAUCAACAAGCUCUGCCGAGAAUGCCACGCUCAACGUUUUCAGUCCAUUGCCAUCAAGAACCUUGGAAUCCAAAGAGACGAAGACAUAGCAUUUGCAUGUUGGACAGACGCAGCCGUUGGCAAUAGGCCUGAUAUGUCUUCAACUGGAGGCUACAUGGUUGCAAUGGUGCAUUCUGCCUUCCUCAAUGGGCAGAAAGGUGUGGCAAACCCUAUUUCAUGGAAGAGUGGAAAACUUGGCCGGGUGGCGAAGUCUUCGUUGUCGGCCGAAAUACAGGCCCUAGGUGAUGGCGAGCAGGAGCUCAUGUACAUCAGUGCUGAAUGGGCUGAGCUGACUGGCUAUGAGCUCAACCUUCGACAGCCUGAGUUGGCAACUUCAAAAAUCCCAGGCGCUGUGAUCAUCGAUGCGAAGUCCGUCUAUGACGCCUUCUACAAGGGCGAGGGAGCUUCAUCAGCUUUUUCUAUGAAAGAAAAAUAUGCAGCGCUGGAUUUAAUGGCCAUCACAGAGAACCUCAGAAAACAGAACACACCACUUCUCUGGGUAGCAUCGGAUGCUCAAUUGGCUGACGGCCUUACCAAAGCAGUCGCUGCGGAAGCCCUACUUCAUUUCCUUCAACGAGGCCAAUUGUGGGUGGUGAAGUAUGACCCGGAGUUCAUUGCAGCAAAGCGUAAGAAGGCCAAAGGGCUUUCUGAGAAGAUUUUAGAUGAUUUUGCUGAACCACCGUCUGACUUGACGUGGCAACAGCUCAUCCAACGACAUGAUUCUACCAACUACAGCGAAAACCUUUGGGGCAUGUCAGUUUUCAUGGUUCAGCCAUUUGAACAUUUCACUUCCGUUGGCAGAACAUGUCAUUCAUAUGUUUGUGACGUUCCUUUUACAUCUCAAAAGGGACCCCUUCAGCCUGUCUAA